AGGGAUGCAGUGGACUUGACUAUGGAACAGAAGUGGCCAAUCAGAGUCUUUGUCACUGAUUGUGACAUUAGAAAAACCAGCCUUGAUCAGAAACCAGGCAACCUUGAGUCCCUUUUGGAAAACUUAAAAGUUAAACUGGCUCUACCAUAUGAUUUCAAACUACAGUUUGAAGACCCACUUUUUAACAAUGCACUCUGCAAUCUGACAGAUGUCUCAGAACUGCCAGAUCGAGCCACGCUGAAAAUUAUAAGUCUUGAAUCUCUCUCUUCAGUCUCUGGCAUACUGUCCUCACCAAACACAUCUGAUACAGGGAUACCUUGUACAAGUGAAGAAAAAUCUCAGUUGAUGAGGCGGGAUCCUUGGCCGUCUGCAUUUGAUGUUCCAGAAUUCUCUGUGGAUGUAAAUUUCCGACUGAGACAGGGAGACCUAAUCUAUAUGAAGGCUGGAACCCGGAUGGAAGUUUCUCGGGACAUGAAACAUGUGAUCUUAGAAAGACUCGCAGAGACAAUGUACAAGUACACAGCAUACCCCACAGAGGAACACUGUAGAGACGUGGCCUCUGCACUGAUUGCAAAACAUCCCUGUCUGAAAGAAGCUGGAUCACCCACUGGAUAUUGUGGAUGGAAGAAUAGCAUUAAAUUUAAGAUGGGGAAUUUCCGUACGAAAAUGAGGAGAUCUGGAAUGGCUGAUGUCCAGGUGAAUGGCAACAGGAGGACUAGGGAUUUUCCUGAAGCAGCGCCAUCAUGUAGUAACAUAAAAAGGCCAAAAAGAAGUGAGACGAAUUUCUUGCCAAAUUUUCCUGAUGGUGAAAAUGCAGAUACUCUUGAGUCUGUUAGAAGACGGCUUGAAAGUGAAGCAAAGAAAAGGAUUCCAGACUCAGCCGAUUUGAAGAAAAUGAUGGACCAGACAUUUUCUUUGCGACGUAAAGAAAUUGUGGAAGAACAGCCCUCAGUUAAAGGAAUGAUGGAACGCUGGCCUGCACUGUUCACAGAAAGUCAGGUGUUUGCCGAGUUCUACAGAGUCGCCAGUAAGAACCUCAAGAAAGACUUCUAUGAAGCUCUCGACCACCAUACCACUCGUCUCAUGGACCUCUUCAAAUCCAAAAAAGGAGUUGUUGGCCAAUCACUUAAUCACCUCCUCCAGCCAAUCAAUUCACAAACCAAUGACAUCACCACAACACGUACUGCCAUCCUUCAAUGCCUGCCCUUGUAUCUUGGAGAUAAUUCUGGCGAAUUCUUCAUCAGCUGCCCAGAUUUGGACACAGACUAUGACUUCACACACGUGCCUGUUGGCAUUCUAACAGUCAUGACUGAAGACACACCACCAGAGAUUAACACCAUUGCAAUCAUCCUUGAAGGAACUAUCGUCAUGGAUGAAAUUCCCACAACCUGUCAAGCACUUUGUCUUAUGUUCGGCUUGAUAUAUGCACUCCACCUGGAUUACCCAAAAGGUAUGAAGAACACAUUUGAGUUCAUCCAGAAGAUAUUGUUGAACCUUGGACCACAAAAGCUCAGCCCAAAACUGCAAACAUUAAAAAAUGCCCUUUUGGGCUAGAUGUUGUGGCUAGUGAUGACUGUAAUAGUUAUCUGUGUAAGUGUGCUGUGUGAAUGAGUAUGCGUUUGAUUGGGCUGAACAGUAACAAAACAUUAUUGAAUAUUUCAUGGAGUUAUUUUUAUUGUAUUGAAUAUGUUUUACUUUUUAUGUUUUGAUAAAGAAACUGUUGACAAGAGGGAAAGGUGUUUGAUACACAACACAGUGAUGAUCCUUCUAACACAAAUUUAUAGUUGGCACAAUAACUGUCAAAAUAAUCGCAGUGUUUUUAUUUUUCGAUGUAUUUUUUUGGUUCAGUUUCAUUUCAUUUCAUGCUCAUCUGAUUCAGUAGUGGGUGUUAUGUUACUGCUACCUCAUAACUCCUGAAAGAGAGGAGGUACUUGGAGAGCCUACAGAUUAAAAAAGUUUAAUGGAGACCAAAAGUAAACCUGUAAAUAUCUAUUGAGAUACCUGCUUGCUUCUUGGCUGUUUUUUGCAUUUGUGAUUUGAAAGCCUAAAAAUAGUUUAAAGGCGUUUAAAGGAGAAGAUCACAUGACGCUGCCAUCACCACAGGUGUUGUAAAUUUCCUGUAAGUAAAAACUGUUGGAAAAGAGCAUAUAGUAUGUUGGGUUUAGUAUUAAAAUGUAGUGUGCCCCUGUAACACAGGUUGUUGAAGUGUUCACUUAAGACUUUAAAGAUGUGUGUACAAAUACAGUUCUAUGUAAUAAUACCGUUUUAACUGUCAGGUUUCAAACAAGUUUUAUUACAGUUUUAAAAUUUUACAGACUAAAUGUUGCCAAGUCUGUUUGUUGCUGUAAAACAUUCAGGAAAGUGUCUUUUGUGAGUCAAGAUCCUUCUGUUAGAUUACAUCUAGACCAAUCAGUGCACCUCACUCAAACUCAUUCUAUUAAAUCUCACUCAUUCUGUCAUACAUUAUAUAAUGAUUUCCACUCAUACCGAUUUACGCUUUUUCUCUCUCACAAACACAUAAAAUUAAAGAAAAAAAUAUAGAAAAAGGCAUCAUUCAGCAGGAAUUUGAACAAGUCAGGAUACUACAAGAAAUGAUUAGGUUCUAACUGGUUAAAAUAAUUUCUCUCCCCUGAAUUGAUUGGUUUGUUUUUCUGCUAACAAAGGGUUUGGACUCAACAAUUAAUCGCACAUUUUGUUUGUCUGUCACCUGGAAAUUCUUCAGGUUAACUUGAUCUUUGAUGGUCUCUGUCAAGAGAAAUUGCA